UCUUCAAUCGGCUUGGAUUGAACCUCUUAAGCACUUUUACAAUGAUUUCAGUUUCGAAGCAUCUGAAAUCAAACUUGAAGUCCUCCGGUCUUCUUGCUCACUGGGAUGCUCGUAAUAUCAUCAAAGCCUUUCAAUGGGGCCUCUUCUUUGAGAAUGUGUUAAGUUUCUUAAAAAGCUCAGUUCUUUUCCGGGAUUCAGUGAAAGACCUUGAUGCUGCUCUAGCUGAAAUGAUAUCUGAUCCUUCCUUCCCUCAGGGUCUUUCACAUAUAUCCUCAGCUACUCUUAGCAGGGGAAGGGAUUUGGUUUUAGAGCAUUUCAUUGGCAAUUUGCCACUGAGUGACGGAUAUCUCAGAGCUUUUCUAACUGCAACAAUUGAAAUGGAUCUUAGUGAGCUUUCACAAGUGGAGCAUGGUUGUCUUAAUGCAUAUCUCAACAAGUUGAUGCUACUGGAUGCAUCUGUCCAUUUAUUGGCAGAUAAGAGGGGAUCCAUCAAGGACUCAUCUCUUUCAUCUCUAGAUGAUUCUACAACUAUGAUGAUUGAUCAGUCCAAGGGUGAUGAUUUUACAAAACAGACUGUCAAAGAGCUCUUGAAGAGGCAAUCUGCAGUUUCAUGCAUAUCAACAGCUGAAUCAGGUUUACAUGUUCUUUCUAAUAUCAUCAGACAUGGCAGCCUGAUUGACAACUUGCUAAAAGAUCAAAUAAGCCGUGAUAAGGAAAGAGCUCUACCUAUAGAAGGGAAUGCAGAGCAGUUGGUAGAUGUUUCUACGUGGCACCAAUGGAAAUCAAGGAAUCUCUUAUAUUUUCUUGAUAAAAGAACUGUUAGAUUGGUCUCUGGUGCUGGGUUGAUAUUUUCUGCCUCUAAGAUUCAGUGGAUGCUGGUGUUUGGUCAGUUAAAUAUUUCUGCAGAAGGAAAUGAUGAUGAUUGGAUUGAAAAAAUUGAGAUCCUGUUACUUGGAUGCAUAGCAAGUAGAUGGAGUUGUCUAAUUAAGGCAUUUUAUGUCAGUUUCUUAUAA